CAUCUGGGUAAAUAAAUAUAGCUCCAAUGAAAAGUUAGUCAUUUCAGUAGGUAGGGACGUGAACUUUAGUAUGACAGUGUCAAAAGUGUCAAGGAAAGACAGAAGGAUGUAAGGUGUUGGAGUUAUGAAAAGGAUCGUCGUAUACCACAACGGCUCAACUGUGGAUGGAAAGGUUGUGGCUGUGUCGGAAAGUCUUGAUGAAACCCUGGUAGAGAUUGGACAAAAGCUUGGCGUCCAAGCCAAAUGUCUGUACACCGGAGAGGGCGGCCUCAUUGAUGAUGUUCGACUGUUCAGAGAUGACGAGAAGAUUUAUGUCUCUGAAGGGGAUCCAUUCAUUGCUCUGUCUCACUCACCCCCAAAAGUUGUCUCCCCUUUACGUCCAAAGUCUGACCCCCCUGGACCUCAGAGGAAGUGCACCAAGUCGGAAUGGGUGACGCUGAAUGUAGGGGGGUCCAUGUUCACAACAACCAGGGGGACGCUGACCCGGACGGACCCAGACAGCAUGCUGGCCAGGAUGUUCAACAGUGAGAACGAUGUGUCCUGGAGCAGCAGCUGUGACUUGACCGGCGCCUACCUCAUCGACCGGAGUGCGCGCUACUUCCAACCCAUCCUCAACUACCUGCGCCAUGGCCAGCUGAUCCUGGACAAACAGGUCAACCCCGAAGGUGUGUUAGAAGAAGCCAAGUUCUUCGGCAUAGGAUCUCUGAUUGAAGAACUGGAAGAACUGAUUGAGCGUGACCAGCCUGCAGAUGACACGACCCCCAUCACAAGACGAGAUCUUGUCCUUCGUCUCCUGGCCACGCCCACUACCUUCGAACUCAGGUGCCAGGGUAUGAAUUUCUCAGGAGCCAACCUGUCCAAGCUGGAUCUACGCCAAAUCAACUUCAAAUAUGCAGUAUUCAAGAACGCCGAUCUUUCAGGGGCCAACCUCACCAACUGUAAUUUUGAGAGAGCUGAUCUCACCAGGGCAAAGUUUGAUUCCGCCAACUUGCUGGGGGUGAAGAUGCUCUGUGCCAACCUAGAGGGCGCUUCACUCAAGGGCUGUAACUUCGAGGACCCUGCCGGUAGCAGGGCCAACAUGGAAGGUGCCCUGAUGAAGAACGUCAACCUGGAGGGCAGCCACAUGGCAGGGGUCAAUCUGCGUGUAGCCACAUUGAAAAACGCCAACCUCCAAAACUGUGCUUUGAGAGGAGCCGACUUAGCUGGGGCAGACCUCGAGAAUUGUGAUCUCUCGGGCUGCGACUUGCAGGAAGCAAACCUGCGCGGGGCAAACCUCAAGGGAGCAGCUUUUGAGUUGAUGGUGAACCCUCUGCACAUGGCGCAGGCGGUGAGGUGACACAGGGACGCCAGGCAGCAUGAACAGUGAUGGCUCCGAUGUACACACGGUCCAGGGUCAGACCAGCACACAGCCACCAGCACACAGCCA